AUGCCGACCGAUAAUCUCAACUUCUCUUGCGCCCUGGUCACUGGUGGAGGUGGCGGAAUCGGCAAAGCAAUCGCCUCGUACCUCGUUUCCAAAGGCAAAAAGGUCAUCAUCGCCGGCCGAACCGAAUCAAACCUCAAAGCAACCGCCAAGGAACUCGGCGUGACUGCCUACUAUGUCCUGGAUACAGGGGUCGUGGACCUAUUCCCGGACUUCAUCUCACGCAUUACGCACGAACAUCCCGAAUUGGAUUGCCUGAUCAAUAACGCCGGGGUUCAGAGACCCAUUGACCUAGUCAAGGAAAGCCCCGAAGAUAUCUUCCAGAAAGCGGACCAGGAAAUUGAUAUCAACAUCCGCGGACCGAUGCACCUUACUCAGAGACUUCUCGAGCAUUUCAAAGCAAAGCCAGACGGAGCCGUGAUCGUCAACGUGUCUUCGGUGCUGGGAUUCCUCCCAUUUGCUCCCAUCAACCCAUCCUAUGGCGGUACAAAAGCAUGGCUGCAUUUCUGGAGCAUGAAUCUCCGCACGCAGUUGCAGCAGAGCGGCUAUGAAAAAAUCCGCGUCAUCGAGAUUGCGCCCCCAACGGUGGAGACCAAUCUGCAUCGCGACAGGGAAGACCCCGAUGAUAACAAAAGGCACAACAAUCCUAAUGCAUUGUCGAUCGAGGAGUUCAUGGACGAUGUAAGCGCGAAGUGGGAGCAAGGGGAAGAGAUGAUCGCACCGGGGAUGAGUGGGGACUUGGUGGACCGGUGGUAUCGGGAAUUUGGCGGGUUUUACGAUGAAAAAACUCGCUAG